UUUUGGAACGAAUUUGACAGCUUGCAUUUCAAUCACUCAUAAAAGCACUGUUUCUUCGAAAUGUUGCAUUCAAAUACUUAAAAUUUCGUAUUCUUCUGAAGCACUUAAGAUCACUGAGUCGUCUAAACAUAAAUAAUUCAAGAUGCCAGCAGGUGAUUCGAGGAAGGAUUACCUGCUCUCCACAACUGGCAACAACUUUGGCAUUUCUGCCAGCGAUAGUGUUCUCGCCAGCCAGCAUGAUGCUCCAGCUAUCAACUCAUUCCUCGAUGAUGGAAACGUCUCUGUUUUGGCUGCCAGAAUGGAGGGGAAGUCGGACGCAAGGAGCAUCAAAUUCAGUAAUAAGGUCGAACCUGAUGAUAGCCAUGGCCAAGUUUUGGUGUUUUUCAAAAUCCGUCCUGAUGUGAUCACUCCUGACAAUCUCCACAGAAAUGUAUUUGUGUCGUCCAUGCUCGACUCGCCCAUUAGCACUCUUUAUCAUGCCGUCCAGAAAGUCUAUGCUCCAAUUCUGCUCAAGGAUGAGAAAUGGAGCAAAAAUUUUGACCCAAAGCUCCAAAGUUUAUUGAGUGAACUUGAAGCUGGCCUAGGGAGUGUCAUCAGAAAACAGGAUCCAAGCCUGAAAGGUCGAAUCUCAGAUGCUGGCGAAGACAACUUUGGAGGAAUCCUCACCCCAACUGAUGAAUUCCAAUACUGGGCUGAGGUGGCCAUGUCAGGAAACAAACUUGACAUCAAAGAGCGGGCGCAACAUUUUCAAGAACUCUUCCAGCCGAUCGCGAAAGAUUUCGGGAGCCUUGACGCGCUGUCGCUCGGCGAUGCGAUGGAGCUGGUUGAGUUGUGUCAGGACACUCUGGAUGACGUCUGGAAGCAGACAGAGCAUGAGCAGCAAUACCCUGAGAAGAGGAUGAAGCACCUGAUGGAUGUCAUUGGUGGUUCCUUUGGCCGUUAUGUCCAACGCAAACUUGCCCAAGAAGACCUGUGGAAAGGUGCAUUCAGCAAGGUGAAGGAGGCGCUGAGAUCGGGCCACUCCAUCUGUGAGAGAUGGGUGUCAGUGUGCGAGACGCUGACGUCACAGUUCUGGAAGAGAUAUGGCCCGCAUCCUUGGAAAGGGGACAAGUUUGCUCCAGAAUCAUUGACCCAGUUGGCCAGAAGGCUGGAAGAGGUCUUGACCCUCAGAACUGUCCACGAACAGCUAGUUCGCCUUCUGUCCCACCAAGAACGCCAGGAGCUAAGAACCGCUGAAGCAUUCACUCCCUUCAACGGCCUGAAUCCCCUGCAGUACAACCCCUAUACCCUGCCUCUAUGGAAGGCUGCGGUCGCACAGUACGAGAGAGCCAUGUCACCGGCUGAGCAGAGGAUUGCUGGGAAGCUGCGGUCCCAGUUCAGAGGGAUGGAUGCCAACUCCCAACAGCUGUUGAGGGAGUUCCAGCGAUAUAAGGAGCUGAUUAAGAGGCCGAGUAUCAGCAAGGAGUUGGUGUCCGAAAGGGAAACCUUACUCGGUCAGCUGACGGUCUAUAUCCGUCAACUAAGGGAUGACUUUGUGUCGAGGACUGGCCAUGCCAGUGGAGACAAGGGGCCACCGAAAGGCAAAAAUCUACCUGAGGUUGUCAACAAUAUUGUCUGGGUCAGACAACUGGAGGCAAAGGUUGAAGACACUUCCAACACCGCUGAGGCGAUGUUAGGCGACCUCUCGGGAUUCCGUAAUUUCCGCCGCGAUGCUUCCGACCUGCUAGACGAGUUGCAGACCUGGCGCCGUGAUCAGUUUGACGAUUGGUCGCGUGAGAUGUUGCAGCAGAUCGAUGACCUGGCCAAUCCACUCAGUUUGGAGACUAAUGGCCGUUUGAUGGAGCUGAGCCACAAAGAUGGAAAGCUCGUCGUGAACUAUGGCGAUCGUCUCGUAACACUCUUGAGAGAGGUGCGACAGCUGACUUGCAUGGGCUUCCCCAUCCCCGCUAAGAUCCAGUACACUGCUGCUACGGCUCAGAAGUUCUAUAGACAUGGUGUCAUCCUCAAACAGGUUGCCCAUUUCUACAACACCAUCGACCAGCAGAUGAUCCCCAGUCAGCAGGCCAUGAUGUUGGACUCUGCCAUGGCGUUCGAAAGACUGGUCAAGAAUCCUAAAUCAGGUACCAAGAGCAAGGGAAGUGAAGUUCAGAUUACAUGGGACAACCCUGCUGAGUUAGAGGACUACAUCCAGAGGCUUCAGGCCGCUGCUGACAGGCUCACCUCGGAGAAUAGGAGGCUGCGCAAGUGCCAUUUUGUCGUUUGCGAUAAGGUUCAGGCGCUGAUGAGCAUAGAUCUGCUGAGGUACCAGCAGAAGUGGAAAGAUGGCUUGAUGGAGAUACGGCACCUCAUGGCCAAUCUGGUACAGCAGGGUUUCUCCUCAGCAAAUAUGAGACCAUGGAAAGCUCACUGGGACCGUCAGCUCUACAAGGCUCUCGAACAUCAGUAUCAGAUGGGACUGGAAGCUCUGAAUGAGAAUCUGCCUGAAAUCAAAGUGGAAUUGACGUACAGACAACAGAGACUACAGUUCCGUCCACCCUUCGAGGAAAUCAAAGCAAAAUAUUUCCGCGAGAUGAAGAAAUUCAUAGGUAUCCCCAAUCAUUUCAAAGGAGUGAGUGAUGCGACGGAUAACUUGAUAUUCCCCGCCAUCAUUGAGAGGAAUGCGGAUGGAUUCAACACCUGCUAUAAGAAGGCUUACGAGCUCUUCAGGAAGUUGGCAGCAGUUGAGGAAAAGUUUAAGGACUGGGUUGUGCUUGGCUCAUUGGAUCUGGAUGAGUUUGUGGCCAGUCAUCUCCAUCAACAGUCGGACUGGGAGAGGAACUUCAAGGCCCUGAAGGCAAGAGGCAGGGAUGCAGAGAAAUUGCCUGGUCAGAUCAAGGUCGACUGUAUCACAGUCAGCACCAACCCAGUCAAGGCCGUCAUCGACGACCAUAUCCAGCGACUAUUUGAUGCCCUCCUGAAUGCCCUGCGGAAGUCCAUCAACACGGACGUCCACACCAUUGACACCUUCCUGUCGACGGCUAUGGAGACGCUGUCUCAGCGGCCGCAGACUGUUGAGGAGAUCGGGGAAGUCAAUGCAAAACAUUCAGAAUUUGCCAAGUCCAAGUCAGAGAUUCUUCCUUUAUUCGACAAAGCCGAGGCUAAGAAUAAGCUGCUCAGGUCCGUAGCUGGAGGCGGCGUCGAGUUGCUGAGUGGCCUCCAGGGACGAUGGGACAAGUUUGAGCUCAUGAUGGAGAGUCAUCAGCUCAUGGUCAAGGAACAGGUUGAAGUCAUGAAGAGCAAUGUCGAAUCGAGGAUCAAGCAGUUUGAACAGGAGAUGGACAAAUUUGCAGCGCGCUGGCACCAGCUGAAGCCAGGAGAUGACGCGUUGGACGGCGACCAGGAGAAGUGUAUGGCGGCCGUCCAGUCCAUCAAGGAGAGGAAACUGGAGUUCGAAGAGCUUGAUAGGACCAGAGAGACUCUCUUAAAUGACUGUCUCCACUUCAACAUGUCCGAACCAGAGUUUGAGACAGCCUUGGAGGUGAAAACUGACCUCGCACGUUAUGAGGGCAUGUGGGGCCUGUUCGAGGAGUUCAAUAACGGCCUCCAGGAUCUCGCCAAGGAAGACUGGAUCUCCUAUCGGGCACGUUGUUACACGUUUGAGGAGUUCCUCGGCCAUUGGUACGAGAAGUUGAAGAGCGAUGAGCCCACCACGAUGACUGUCAGACUCCAGAAAGAGAUUGACAAAUACAAGGAUGUGCUGCCAGUGCUGAAGUGGGUCCGUGGUGAGCCGCUGUCCCAAGACCACUGGAUGGAACUGUUCCGUAUGCUACACAUGCCCAAGGGGACCACGCUCGAGAAGUUGACGUUUGGAAACAUUCUUGGCGCUUCGAAUGAGAUCAUUAGGAAUGCAGACGCACUCAAGGAGUUGAACCAGCGUGCGCAGGGAGAGGUGACCAUCAGAGAGGCUGUGCGAGAGCUUGAGCUGUGGGGGGCCGGGGCACAGUUUGCUCUGACGGACUACGAGGACAGUAACAAACACACAAUGAAGCUGAUCAAGGAUUGGAAGGAUCUUGUCAAUCAGGUCGGUGACAAUCAGUGUCUCCUGCAGUCCCUCAAGGAUUCGCCCUACUACAAGAGCUUUGAAGACAAGGCCUCCAUCUGGGAGCAAAGGCUGGCUGAUCUGGACGAGUACCUUCACAACCUCAACCAGAUCCAGAGGAAAUGGGUCUACCUUGAGCCGAUCUUUGGCCGAGGGGCGCUGCCCAAGGAGCAGGCACGAUUCAAGAGGGUCGAUGAUGACUUCAGGUCCAUUAUGCAAGAUGUUUCCCGAGACAACAGGGUGUUGUCCUUGGUCAGUCGGCCAGGGUUGAGGAACCUCCUGGUGACGAUGUUAGAUCAGCUUCAGCGAUGUCAGAAGUCACUCAAUGAGUUCCUGGAGGACAAGCGUUCCCUGUUCCCACGAUUCUACUUCAUCGGAGACGAUGAUCUACUUGAGAUCCUUGGCCAGGCGACCAAUCCAGUCGUGAUCCAGUCGCACUUGAAGAAACUCUUUGCGGGCAUUCAUAGCGUGGACUUUGGCGAGGGAAAUGCUAAUAUCGUGGCCAUGAAGUCCUUGGACGGUGAGGUAGUGACCCUGAAGAAACAAGUGCAGAUUACACCGGAUGUGGAGGUUUGGCUUGGCCAGUUGGCUGAAGAGAUGAAGGCCACACUGAGGGAACUCCUCAAGGAUUGCCUGCGCGAUGCCAAGUCGGGUAGCCAAGGGGGCAUGGAUCCCACAAAGUAUCCUUCACAGAUUCUGUGCCUAGCCGAACAAGUCAUGUUCACCGAGCGAUGCGAGGACGCCCUGCAUCGAAACAGCCUCCAAGAGUUCAACAUCGAGAUGGAGAACCAACUCGAGGCCUACACGAACGUCAACAUUGCCGGCUCGGGGAUGAACGACGUCGAUGCCAAAGUCCUGGAAUUGAAACUCAAGGCCCUGAUCCUGGAUACCAUCCAUAACAUUGAGGUGAUUCAGUUGCUGAUACAGCGGAAGAUUCGGGGAGCCGAAGACUGGCUUUGGCAAAAACAACUCAGGUACUACUUUGAACGUGACUGCAUCAUGAGGAUGGUGGAUGCCCAAUUUGAUUACACCUAUGAAUACCAAGGAAACGCGCCCAAACUUGUGCACACCCCACUCACGGACAAGUGUUACCUAACACUGACUCAAGGUAUGCACAUGGGUCUUGGAGGCAACCCCUAUGGACCCGCUGGUACUGGCAAGACUGAGUCCGUCAAGGCCCUUGGUGGACUGUUCGGCCGACAAGUCCUUGUGUUCAACUGUGACGAGGGCAUUGAUGUGAAAUCAAUGGGACGUAUCUUCAUCGGUUUGGUGAAGUGUGGAGCCUGGGGAUGCUUUGAUGAGUUCAACAGGCUAGAGGAGGCGGUGUUGUCAGCUGUGUCCAUGCAGAUCCAAGUGAUACAGGACUCCAUCAAGCAGAGAGCACCGAGAUGUGAACUGCUUGGGAGACAGAUCAGCAUCGACCCCAACUCUGGUAUCUUCAUCACUAUGAACCCUGCCGGGAAGGGUUACGGAGGUCGUCAGAAGCUACCCGACAACUUGAAGCAACUGUUCCGUCCGGUUGCAAUGUCCAAGCCUGACAAUGAGCUCAUUGCCGAAGUCAUCAUGUUCUCUGAGGGCUUCAAGAAAGCCAAGGAGCUGGGAAGGAAACUUGUAGCUGUUUUCAAUCUCUCCAAGGAAUUACUGACACCGCAACAGCACUACGAUUGGGGUCUCAGAGCCCUGAAAACUGUCCUAAAAGGUUCAGGCAACCUUCUCCAAAUGGCCAAAGCAGCACUCCCAGAAGGAGGCAAGAUGGACGCCUUAGGAGAAGCCGCCAUUGUCGUCCAGGCAUUGAGGAUCAACACCAUCUCGAAGCUGACCUUCUCAGACAGUAUCCGAUUCGAUGCUCUCGUGAAGGACGUCUUCCCGGGUGUUGCUCUCAAGGACAUCGAGUAUGAGACGUUGCGCCAGGCCAUCAGAGAGGUGUGCAAGGAGACGAACUUGGUCGUCAACGAGAACCAGAUCAAGAAGGCGCUUGAAUUGUAUGAGCAGCUUCGCCAGCGUAUGGGCGUGGUGAUCGUUGGACCUAGUGGCUCUGGCAAGACCACCCUCUGGAAGAUGCUGCAGAAGGGCAUGUUGAAGAUUGGACAAGUUGUUAAACAGUACACCAUGAACCCGAAGGCUAUGCCAAGGACACAGUUACUUGGCCACAUCGAUAUGGAUACCAGAGAAUGGACUGAUGGUGUCUUGACCUACAGUGCCAGACAGGUGGUGAGAGAACCAAUUGACAUUCAGUCAUGGAUAAUCUGUGACGGUGAUAUCGACCCAGAAUGGAUCGAGUCCCUCAACUCCGUCCUUGACGACAACCGUCUGCUGACAAUGCCAUCUGGUGAGCGUAUCCAGUUCGGGCCGAACGUCAACUUUGUGUUUGAGACCCACGACCUCAGCUGUGCGUCGCCGGCUACAAUUUCGCGUAUGGGUAUGAUCUUCCUUAGCGACGAGGAUACGGAUGUCAAGGCGCUGAUCUCAACGUGGCUCAGCUCACAGCCGGAGGCAGAUCAGGGGAUGCUGUCUGGGUGGAUCGAGGACCAUUUCCAUAAGGCACUUGCUUGGGUGCUUAAGCAGGCUGACUACUGCGUCGAUACCAGUCUCGUCGGUGUAGUGAUGAAUGGAGUCUCCCACAUGCAGGGCGUCCGAAACAAGGCCGAGUUUGCCAUCAGCCUCAUUCGAGGCCUGGGCGGUAACUUGAAUGAAGGAACGCGCGAGUCCUUUGCCAAGGAGGUGUUUGCCUGGACCCACGAGAUGCCUCCUGACCCAAGGAGGCCCCUGGAUACCUACUACGACAGCAGUACUGGCAGGUUGAUGUCAUAUAAUAUGGAUGUGACAGACUCCCUAACUGCAGACAACUUCAUGUCAACCCAGAGUCUGCCGGUGAUCAGGACCAGCGAUAUCCAGAGGGGACUGGAUUACUUCGGUCCCUGGCUCCAAGCAGAGAACAAGCAGCCAUUCAUUCUGGUUGGCCCUGAGGGCUGUGGAAAGGGCAUGUUGCUGAAACACUGCUUUGAGCAGCUGCGAUCGACACAGGUGGCUGUCGUGCAUUGUAGCGCCCAGACAACCCCGACCCACGUCCUGCAGAAACUUGCCCAGACGUGCAUGGUGAUCAGCACCAACACCGGCCGUGUGUACAGACCCAAGGACUGCGAGAGGCUCGUUCUGUAUCUGAAGGACGUGAAUCUUCCCAAGCCGGACAAGUGGGGCACGAGUCAGAUCAUUGCAUUCUUGCAGCAGGUCUUGACUUACAACGGCUUCUACGACUCUAACCUCGAGUGGGUGGGUCUCGAGGGUGUCCAGAUCGUAGCCAGCAUGAGUGAGGGUAGUGCCCUAGGUAGACACAAGCUGACAACCAGGUUCACUUCAAUUGUCAGAAUUGCGUCUAUCGGCUACCCGGACAGGGAACAACUUCAGGCCAUCUAUGGCGCCUACCUGAAACCCGUCCUCCAUCGCCAACUCGUUUCCCAUCCAGUCUGGGGCAACCCUGCAAAAAUCCACGCCCUCGCUGGCUCCAUGGUCCAAGUCUAUGAACAAACCAGGCAGAAAUUCACCGUGGACGACUACAGCCACUACCUGUUCACCCCGAGAGACCUCACAGUUUGGGUCCGCAGUUUCCUCCGCUAUGACCUAUCUGAGGACAACUCUAGCGAAAAGGUCUUGGAGAUCUGGGCAUACGAAGCGAGGCGUAUAUUCCGAGAUCGUCUUGUUGGGAGUGAAAGCCGGAACCGUUUUGACACUAUUAUGAUGUCCGUGCUUAGGAAUGACUGGUCGGCUGAUGUGUUGAAUACACUGGAUGAAUCCUUCUAUGUGACUUGGGGAGCAAGACCUGAUGGGACUGUGGCUGCCACUGCCCCAGGUGCCCCGUUGCCCCCUCAGGGUAAAACCAUGGGCAAGCUAUCAUCUGCUGACCUCAAGUCUGUCAUCAACAAGGGACUCACGCAGUACAGUCGUGAAAACAGGGAUCUCGAUGUCCUCGUCUUCAAGGAGGUCCUUGACCAUACUGCUCGCGUCGAUCGUGCUCUCUCCCUCCCCGGUGGCUCACUGCUGAUGGCUGGUCAGAGCGGUGUGGGACGUCGAACUAGCGUGACGUUGGUCGCUCACAUGCACCAGAUGAGCUUGUUUACUCCGAAAGUGUCGAGGAAUUACAGUCUGAAAAAUUUCAAGAAUGACCUCAAGACUGUGAUGCAGCAGACAGGUAUUGAUGAUGAACAGGUCGUACUCCUGCUGGAAGACCAUCAAUUCGUCGAGCCGACCUUCCUUGAACUCAUCAACAGCCUCCUGUCCUCCGGUGAGGUGGCCGGCCUCUACAGCCCAGAGGAGUUAGAGCCCCUGCUUGCCCCGCUCAGGGAGCAGGCAUCAGAGACAGGAUUCAGGGGUACCAUGUUCAGCUACUUCGCCUCAAGGAUCCAGUCCAAUCUUCAUAUCGUUUUGGUCAUGGAUAGUACCAACAAGAUGUUCACGCUCAAUUGCGAGAGUAAUCCUGCUUUCUAUAAGCAGUGCUUUGUGCAGUGGAUGGACGCCUGGAGUAGAGAGAGCAUGGUCAAGGUGCCCCACAUGUUACUGACCAGACCGCCAAAGGUCGAAGGCGCGGCCCUCUCGGAACCGACCAAGCGCAAGCGUAAACUGUCAGGUGGCGACGACCUUCUCAAGAGCUUUCUGCAGGUUCACGAGAUGUGCACCGAUCACGGUGCGACUCCGCGGCGUUACAUGUCAUUUCUGUACACGUACAUGAACGUGUAUAACAAGAAGAAGAAAGAUGUCGAGAAGAGACAGAGUCAUUUGGAGGCUGGUGUCCACAAGCUGACAGAAGCUAAACAACUUGUCGAUGAACUGAAGAGCAAGGCAGCAACACAGAGCCAGCUUUUAGCAGAGAAGCAGUCCGAGGCCGACUUGGCCCUGAAGGAGAUCACGAUCGCCAUGCAGAAUGCUAGUGAGCAGAAGAGCGAGAUGGAGACACUGAAAGGAAAGGCAGCCGAAGAGAAUGUCAAACUAGACAAGAGGAAGAAAGCCAUCGAUAUCGAGUUGUCCGACAUCGAACCCCUCGUUCAGGAGGCCAGGGCGGCCGUGGGUAGCAUCAAGUCAGACCAGCUGUCUGAGAUACGCUCACUUCGUGCCCCGCCUGACGUCAUCAGGGACAUCUUGGAGGGUGUGCUCAGGUUGAUGGGUAUUUUUGAUACGUCCUGGGUCAGCAUGAAGAGCUUCCUUGCCAAGAGAGGUGUGAAGGACGAGAUCCAGACGUUUGACGCCAGGAAGAUCUCGCCUGAGAUCAGAGCGGGGGUGGAAGAACUUCUCUCCAAGUGUGGAAACUCAUUUGAGAGCAGGGUUGCCAAACGUGCGUCUGUUGCUGCUGCUCCCCUCGCUGCCUGGGUCAAGGCCAAUGUCCAGUACUCCUACGUUCUGGAGAAGAUCGAGCCCCUCGAGACUGAACAAGCCCAGCUCAAAAAGAAUCUUGCAAAAGCUGAGGCAAGAAUGGAGAAGCUUGGAAAAGCACUCGACGAGGUGGACAGAAAGGUGGCCGGACUUCGAGACAGGUUCGAGAAGUUCACCACAGAGGCAGCCAAGCUGAAGAUCGAGUUAGACAAGGCCCAAGAGACCAUUGUGUCUGCGGAGAGCCUGGUCGGGAAACUGGAUGGAGAGUACCAGAGAUGGAGUGGACAGGUUGGUGAGUUGACAAGUGAACUGAAAGAGCUUCCAAUGCGUGCCCUGCUGGCCGCAGCUUUCAUCACGUACCUAUCGGCAGCCCCCGAAGACGUGAGGCGUAACUGCUUGAAGAGCUGGAUGGAGACCACGGGGGUGCAGGGCUUUGAUCUGCGCCGCUUCCUGAGCACGGAGAGCGAGCAGCUGAUUUGGAAGUCGGAGGGCCUGCCGUCUGAUGACCUGUCGAUGGAGAAUGCUCUAGUGAUUCUUCAGAGUUGCCUGCGUCCGUUCCUGGUCGACCCCUCCUCCCGGGCCACCGAGUGGUUAAAGACCCACCUUAAGGAGAACCGCCUGGAGGUCAUCAACCAACAAGAUGGAAACUUCACCACCGCGCUUGAGCUGGCCGUCAGAUUUGGCAAGACCUUGAUCAUUCAGGAGAUGGAUGGUGUGGAGCCGAUCUUGUAUCCGCUGCUGCGAGGCGAUCUGACUUCUCAAGGCCCGAGGUUUGUGGUGCAGAUUGGCGACAAGGCUAUAGAUUACAAUGAGGACUUCAGGCUGUUUCUCUGCACGAGGAACCCUUCACCGGAGAUUCCACCGGAUGCCAAGUCUGUCAUCACUGAAGUCAACUUCACAACUACCAGAGCUGGUCUGACUGGCCAGCUGCUAGCCAACACCAUCCAACAUGAGAAACCCGAGCUGGAGGUCAGGAAGACCGAACUGCUCAAGUCGGAGGAAGAUCUCAAGAUCCAGCUGGCCAAGUUGGAGGAAUCCCUCCUCGAGGAGCUGGCCGGCGCGAGGGGCAACAUCCUGGAUAACAAGGAGUUGAUCGAAUCGCUCAACAAGACUAAGACCAGCAGCAUCACAAUCUCCGAGUCACUGACGGAGUCCACGAGGCUGCAGGCCUCGCUUGAUCAGGAACGAGGAGCCUACCUCCCGCUUGCACAGAAUGGCAGCAAACUGUUCUUUGUAAUCAGCGACUUGUCCAAGCUGAACAACAUGUAUCGAUUCAGUCUCGCCUCCUUCCUCAGGCUUUUCCAGAGGGCGCUAGGAGCUCAACAGGAUGAUCCGAGCCCGGACGUGCGUAUCAAAAGCCUGAACAUGACCCAACAGAACUUGGUGUACGAGUAUGUGUGUAGGUCCCUCUUCAAGGCCGACAGGCUCAUGUACUCCCUGCAUAUGGUCCAUGGCAUGUACCGGGACUUGUUCCAAGAAAACGAGUGGGAGUACUUCACUGGAGUGAUCGUCUCCGAUGUCAAACAUGAUGCCCAGAAACUGAGCCGUGAGUUACCGAGUUGGAUUGACCAGGAAAGGGCCAUGGCUGUGGCGAUGUUCAAGUCAACCUUUCCGAACCUUUACAGCCAGUUAGACUUCCAGGACCAAGAUCUAUGGGUGGCAUUCUCCAGGUCUAGCACGUGUGAACAGGACUUCCCCUCCAGCGUGGCCAAGAGGAUCUCCCUGUUCCAGCAAGUCCUGGUGGUUCAGACGGUCAGGCCGGACAGGCUGCAGAGUGCCAUGGGACUGUUUGCUUGUCGAGGGCUAAGCAUGAAAGAACUCUCACCACCGCCCCUCAAUCUGCGCCGCCUCUACAAGAGUGAGACGGUCGCCGCAGAGCCAAUCCUCAUCGUCAUCUCCCCCGGUGCCGAUCCAUCCCAAGAACUCCAGGAGUUGGCGGAAGAGGUGAUCGGUAUGGAGCGCUACCACCAGGUGGCCAUGGGUCAAGGCCAGGCAGACAUCGCGAUGAACUUGCUGAAGGAUUGCGCCCGCAAUGGUGACUGGUUGUGUUUGAAGAAUCUCCAUCUGGUGACGGCUUGGUUACCGCAGCUUGAGAAGGAGUUGAACAGCCUGGAGCCAAAUCCUGAUUUCCGCCUUUGGCUCACGGCCGAGAGUCAUCCCAAAUUCCCAACGAUUCUGCUGCAGACAAGUUUGAAGAUCACAUACGAGGCCCCGCCGGGAAUCAAGAAGAACCUGGCGAGAACAUACGACUCCUGGUCCCCAGAAUUCAUCAGCAAGAGCGGUAACGUGGUGCGAUCACAGGCCCUGUUCGCCCUUGCCUGGUUCCAUGCCGUCUGUCAAGAACGUAGGAACUUCAUACCGCAAGGCUGGACCAAGUUCUACGAGUUUUCAUUCGCGGAUCUCCGCGCCGGAGCUGACAUCAUUGACAGGUUGUGCGCCAAAGCAGCUGAGUGCAAGCAAACGUGGAAGAAUGAAGUACAAUGGCAAUUCGUCCACGGCUUAUUUGAGUCUGCUAUCUACGGCGGCCGCGUUGACAACCCGUUCGACAUGCGGGUGAUGGUGUCGUACCUCAAACAGUUCUUUGAUCCGACAGUUCUGUCCAGCCAGGCCAGAGGAACAAAGAGGAUGGGACCGAUCAAAUUACCGACGUCAACACACUUCAGGGAUUUCUUAGACGCUGUGGAAGUUCUCCCAGAAUUCGACAAGCCGUCCUACUUCGGUUUGCCGGAGAAUAUUGAGCGCUCCUCCCAGAGAAUCGUGAGCAACUCUGUCAUCUCGCAGCUGAAGAUCAUCCAGAGGGCUGAUGCCAAGGCCAACAAGUUCGACAAGGAAGUCUGGUCGAUCGAGUUGGGCCCGAUCCUCAAUCUGUGGAAGAAACUAAACCAGGGCUCUCAGCUGAUACAGAUGAAGAUCAACCCGCCGGUCGAGGAGGGUAGUGGCUCAAGUCCCGUGCUCUCCUUCAUCCAACUGGAGCGUUUCAAUGCCGUCAAGCUGGUCCAGAAUGUCCACCAUUGCCUCGCCGCUCUCAGUAAGGUCAUCCGAGGAACUCAGUUGCUGACAACCGAUGUCCAGCAUCUGGCUGCAGCUCUUCUGAACCAAGAGACUCCUAUCAGUUGGCUGAGCCAGUGGGAUGGCCCCGAAGACCCCAUGCAGUUCCUUCGCUCCUUGGUCGCCCGAGCCAUGGCACUCCAGACCUGGGUAGACAAGGCAGAGAACAACACUCUUCUCUCCGACACCCUGGACCUCUCUGAGCUGUUCCACCCUGACACGUUCCUGAAUGCUCUGAGGCAGCAGGCGGCAAGGAUGAUGCAGUUGUCAAUGGACAGUCUCAAGUUUGCCUGCAGCUGGAAGGGCAGUAUCCAGGGUGCCCGGCUCCAGAUCAAGGUCGGGGGAUUGCAGCUGGAGGGAUGUUCCUUUGACGGGAGUCGCCUGUCGGAGAACCAGCGCGAUUCACCGACCGUCUCUGCUAUUCCUACUUGUGCAGUGGCUUUCAUUCCAAAGGAUGCUGGCGACCCCUAUGGACAUGAGGAGACCAUCUCCCUGCCGUUGUACUACAGCGCCGAGCGGGAUCACAUCGUCGCCAAGAUGGACGUUCCGUGUGGAGGGAACAUGAGCCAGUGGUUGCAGUGCGGGGCCGCUCUCUUCCUCAAACACCAGUAGGCUGCUGUACCGCUGUGAAAACGAAAGCCUCUAAGCCUUAUUUGGCUAAUAUGACUUUAAAUGAUGAACCUAAAAUCAGUUUACUGGUAUUAGGUAUUGUGGGAGUAACUUGAUUUACAAAUAUGAUGUGCUUUAAUUUGAGUGAUUUCCGGUUUGAGAAGCUACAGAUUUCUUUAAAGUUGUUUUGGAAAAAGAAGAAUCCUCUAAUGAAAUUGUGAAUUGAUGAUAACCGUCUGGAAUUCUUUAUGAAUUGUUAGUUCUUGCUCUUCAGAAGAUUGACCCAUGAAAGUCUUGGCUAAUGUAUGAUAUCAAAAGCCAAUGAAUUUGAUGGGAGACUAUUCUACACGUAUCACCACUUAACUGGAAGGCAUACAUUGUAAACGCCGCCAAAUAAUUCCAUCAUUACAAUAUUCCAGUCACCGUUGGUAUGAAGGGAUACAGUGGAACUUCUCUUGGCAUAACCCCCUCUCCAUUUGGAUAAAUGAUUGUGGGCCACAAUUGGUCACAUCUAUCCAAUAAGACCUCUAAGCAGGGCAUCUCCCUGUUAGGGACAGUCAGAUCCAAGGGUGUCCCUAAAAGAGACGUUCUAUUGUAUUUGCAAUUGGUAACUUUUACAAAAAAGUGUAUUCAUGUUUUAUAAUCCUGUAGUUUAAUCCAACCAUUGACAGAAAACACAUUUUCAGAAUCAUUUUACUAAUUUGACAUAUUCCUGCCAAAUGUGCUGUCCAUGAUAUCACAAGAACUUAAAGACCUAUUUUGUCUGAAUUAUUGAAUCCGUCCAUACUCUGUAUUGAAUUUUUGCAUCACUUUACCGUAGUUUGUAACUUGAAUAUUCCACCCACCUGAUAGAAAUAAAGCAUUGAC